AUGUUCAUACGGCUGGCCCGGCUCCCCAUCAGGCUCUGGAAGCGAUCGUCCAGAAUUGCCUCACGAUUCAAUACAUCCACCGCUAAGAAACCAGAGUCUGCGUCGAACAAACUAGAGCUAUCGCCAAUUACAUCUGUUACUGAUGGUCUCAAAAAGUACGUCAGGUGGUAUCCGUACGACACUGUCACUUACUCCACGAUACAAUCGUUCUUGGGUUACGCAGAAAUACAACAAAAUCGGAGAAGAUCCUUGUGGGACUUCUAUAUGAAAUCGCUUUUGGCGGACCCAUUGGCGUCCAAUAACGAGAAGUGGUUUAGACCUUUGGCAAAUCGUUCGAGAGAAAAGAACAACUUGAUUCAUCUUCAGGACCCUGAUCCCAGCGAGUUCAUCCUCCCGGGGCCUUCGAGCGCACGGUAA